AUGUCCUCCAACACCUCAGACGACGGCAGCCAGGCGCGGCGUCGUCGCUCUAUUCCUCUACAAGACUUCCUCUUAACUCCAGGAGGCAGUGCAACAGACUGGCUGCCACCCAGUCGUCAGUACGGACCUACAUUUGACCGAAGCGGUGAUAGACAUUCACCAGCGGUUUCUGACGGUGUUCCUGCAAACACGACUUAUUGGUAUGCCUCGCAGAACGGAUCCGACGAUGGGACAGGUUCUAGUUCGCCUAUAGACCCAAUUGUUCUACAAGCCGCCCUUCCGCCAGAUUUUCAGACAUCUCUCUCAGAAGAACAUGGCGUCCAUGACUCCCAUUCUGUCGGUACCUUCGUAGGACCGUCAUAUAUCGAAGAGCCGCCGAGCACCGAGUACGAUGAUUCCGACCGGAUGCCCCUCACUGCCGGAGCACAGCCAAUAUCGGGAUCCAUGCCAGUUGAUGGCCAUGACCCCAACAUUCGAAGCAGUUUCCAAACUGUGUCAGACUUCGAUUGCAACACAGCCAAGGACCGUCAAUCAAACAACCUAGGACAUCAUGUCCAAUCUUCUUGCGAAACUUCACGAGGGAGACAACCCAGUUAUGGUGGCACCUUGGGCCCUGGUGAAUACAGAGUCUCUCGAUCUACGUCGCCAUCAGGUGCUCUUCUCCGCGCCGGUUCGAUUGUUCGAGCAAUGUCUCAGCGAGUGGUAAAUAUCAGUGGAGAGAGUGAGCUGCCGGAUCACAGGGCAUCAAGACCGCAAUCACGGUCGCCAAGAGCAUCUAGACAUGACCGGGGGAGAAGCCCAGCAGUCUCUAUGCUUGUCGAUACAUCGUAUCAAUCACAGACAACGCAGAUUGCACCAGAGAAGAUGGAUGCGGUUAGUCAGUAUCGACCCUCACUCCCUUGUGGCCGACCACCCAAUCCUCUCAAAGGUCGCUCGUUGGGCAUCUUCUCUCCACAAAGCCGGAUCAGGCUCUGGCUGUGUAACCUACUAGUCAACCCAUACACAGAGCCACUCAUACUUGUGCUCAUCGUUCUGCAGGUUAUUCUUCUGGCUGUAGAAUCUGGCCCUAGUGUCUUUCUUCCAGGCAAUGAGCGCCCAGACCGAUGGGGGAGACAUACCAUUGACUGGAUUAUGCUUGGACUCUUCAUCGUCUUCACCGUGGAACUUACUGCACGUAUUAUCGUUUCAGGGUUCUUUUUUAAUGCUGCUGAGUAUAGCACAAUAGAUCGCCAAAAGGGUAUUAGAGCUGCCAUUGUAGAACAAUACAGAACUGCCUUUCGACCCCAACGACAAAAAUCCGUAAAAAGCAGCUCACAAACGGAACCACAGCAUUCUACCUUCUCCCGCUCCUUUACCACCAUGAUGCAAAGCCAACAAUCGCUACCUUCAACCAUUGAAGAGCAACAGCGUUAUCAGCUAGCGCGACGUGCCUUUUUGCGACACUCAUUCAACCGCCUAGACUUUGUGGCGGUUGUCUCGUUUUGGGUGGCAUUUCUACUGGGUAUUGCCGAAAUCGAAAGCCGGCACCACAUAUAUGUAUUCAAAAUGCUCAGUUGCCUCCGAAUAUUGAGGCUUUUGGCUUUGACUCAUGGUACUGCGAUCAUUUUGAGAAGCCUAAAAAAAGCUGCGCCUCUACUCGUUCGGAUUGCGUUCUUGGUCAUGUUUUUCUGGCUACUCUUUGCGAUCAUUGGGAUCCAGAGCUUCAAGUCUAGCUUGAAGCGGCAAUGUGUGUGGUUGGAUCCAUCCGACCCUCAGAAUCUUACAGCGGCGUAUACCAAUGAUAUGCAAUUCUGUGGAGGUCACUUGGAUAAUCAGACUGGUCAAAUCUUGCCUUGGGUGAAGUUCGGGAGCACCAACUCGCUGGCAAGCCUGGUUAAUGGGGCUCGAGAUGGCAAGGGAUUCAUUUGCCCUCGGGGGUCCCUUUGCCUUCAGCAAGAAAACCCGUACAAGGGUACCGUUAAUUUUGAUAACAUUGCCAAUUCUCUGGAGCUAGUCUUUGUCAUAAUGAGCGCGAACACCUUCUCCGACCUGAUGUACCACACAAUGGCGUCCGACUACCUACAAGCCGCUUUGUUUUUUGGUGCUGGAAUAAUGAUCAUGUUACUAUGGCUGACAAAUUUGCUCAUUGCGGUCAUCACCUCAUCAUUCCAAGUCAUUCGUGAAGAGAGCAAAUCUAGCGCCUUCACUGCGGACAAUGAGCCGUCUUUGCCCACUCGACCAGAGGAACGGGUCCGGAGAUCACGAUUACGUCGGAUUUAUGAUCGGACCACGGCUUUCUGGGUACUAGUUAUUACCUGUGCAUUGCUUUGCCAGUCUUUGCGCAGCUCCAAAAUGUCGCACUCUCGGGAGAAAUUCAUCCACAUAGCGGAGGUGAUUGCAACCGUCUUUCUCGACAUUGAGAUCUUACUUAGGUUUGCUGCGGACUGGCGUGGAUUCUACCGGAGUUGGCGUAACAAUUUCGAUCUAUUCUUAGCGGUUGUAACGACGGUUAUACUUAUCCCGCCGAUUCCUAACACUCGGGCAUAUUUAUGGCUUACAGUGUUCCAAAUUGUUCGAGUCUACAGGAUUGUAUUGGCGAUUCCUGUCACUCGGAAACUCAUUCUACUUGUACUUGGAAAUGCUGCUGGUAUUGCCAAUUUGAUGCUAUUCGUAUUCUUGAUGACGUUCCUAGUUGCAAUCUUUGCCUCGCAACUUUUUCGUGGUCAGAUUCCUCAGAGUACGGAUGACGGCGAACUGAACAGAAUAUCAUUCUUCACGAUUUACAAUUCAUUUCUGGGGAUGUACCAGAUUCUAUCAAGUGAGAAUUGGACCGAAAUUCUGUAUUCCGUCACGUCCCACACAAAGCAGUUUCAUACUGCCUGGAUUGGCGCGAUGUUUCUCAUAGGCUGGUUUAUCCUUUCCUUUUUCAUCCUGGUCAAUAUGUUCAUUGCUGUCAUUCAAGAGAAUUUUGAUGUCUCAGAAGACGAGAAACGCCUCGAACAAGUCAAAGCUUUCCUACAGAGGAAAGAACUUGGACACAACCCUAGCAAUCUCGCACUCUCGACAAUAUUUAGCCUAGGAAAAUCUCGCCGACGUCGGGAUCCAUUAGACUAUGGGCCAGCGAUGAUGGAAAUGCUCCUCAAAGAUGCAGUGGUACGGGACUUCCUGAACGACGAAUCCUCAGACUCAGUGCAUGAAACUGCAGUCUCCAUGCCACAGAGAAGCGCAACUGCAUUAUUUGGUAAUGAUGCCAAUCCAGGCAUGAUUUCCAAGUUAUGGAAGCGCCUUCUCGGCAAGUUGAAGAAUAAAGACCCGAAUCCAUUUUACUCUAAUAUCCGAUUUGAUGGUCCAAAUGAUACUCUCGAUCCACGUCAAAUGGCUCGGCAGGCGGUUUCAGCAACAUCGGCAAGAAGAAAAGCCCAACGAGAAUACCUCUCUCGGCAUCCAAGAUACAAUAAUUCGCUGUAUAUUUUCAAACCGAAGCAUCCCCUGCGACGGCUUUGCCAGAAGCUGGUUGGCCCUGCGAGAGGUCCCGAGAGAUUCGAUGGUGUGCAGCCCAACAAAGUAGCCUGGUACAUUUUCUCCGCUUUUGUAUACGCUGUUGUUGUCGCAAUGGUAAUUUUGGCUUGUGUUACAACACCACUUUACCAGAAAGAGUACAGGGAAAACCACAGUACAAACACGUGGAACUGGUAUGUCUGGACUGAUCUCGCCUUUACCUCAGUUUUCACAGUUGAGGCGGCUAUAAAAGCAGUUGCGGAUGGUUUAUUUUGGACACCAAACGCAUAUAUGCGCAGCUCCUGGGGCAUGAUUGAUGGUAUUGUGCUUGUGACACUAUGGAUUAAUGUCGUCACACUUUUAAUCAAUGAUGGAGCCAUAUCACGGGCUGUUGGCGCGUUCAAGGCUUUGCGAGCACUUCGAUUACUUAAUGUCAGCGACAGCGCCAGGGAUACGUUCCAUUCGCUCAUCAUUGUUGGUUGGUGGAAACUGAUAGGAGCUGCACUAAUAUCGCUUUCAUUGCUGAUACCAUUUGCCAUAUACGGCUUGAACCUUUUCAACGGUCUAAUGGUGGCGUGCAAUGACUCCAACGCCAGCAGUACCCUUGAUGGAUGUUUUGGUGAGUUUAGCAGCACUCCUUUCAAAAGCGAUUGGAAUAUGCUAGCUCCGCGUGUUGCCUCUAAUCCUUAUUUCAAUUUUGACGACUUUGGGUCUUCUCUCUUCACCUUAUUUCAAAUUGUCAGCCAGGAGGGUUGGACCGAUGUUUCGUUUGCUGCCCAAGCUAUCGUCGGCAAAGGAAUGCAGCCUCAAGAAUUGGUGGCACAGGGUAACGCACUCUUUUUUGUCGUAUUCAACUUGAUGGCUACGGUCUUUGUCCUAACACUGUUUAUUUCUGUUUUUAUGAGAAAUUAUACCGAACAAACAGGUGUUGCCUUUCUUACCGCAGAACAGCGAUCUUGGCUCGAGCUUCGAAAACUGCUACGACAGAUAUCACCGUCCAAAAGUUCGUACAGAGAAACUGAGAAGAGCUGGAAGAAAUGGUGCCAUAAACGGGCCAUUGAAAAACGCGGCAAAUGGUAUCUCGUCAUUACUGUCGUUCUGGUGCUUCAUCUUGUCUUGCUGAUGACCGAGUUCAGCUCAGAGCCAUUCUGGUGGACUAAAACUAGAGAAAUUUUGUUUCUUCUCUUCAUUCUGACAUAUACCAGUAACAUUGCUGUUCGAGUCAUUGGUCUUGGAUGGACUCGAUUUCGAAAAAGUUCUUGGGACCUUUAUUCGCUUAUCACUGUUUCGGGGGCAUUUGUGGCUACACUGGCAUUGAUGAUUGCUGACUCUACAGCUGACGCAUCGGUCCAACUGCACAAAUUCUUUCUCGUGGCAAUUGUGUUGCUGUUAAUACCGAGGAAUGAUGCCCUGGAUCAAUUGUUUAAGACUGCUGCAGCCAGCUUGCCGAUUAUAAGCAAUUUAUUGGCCACCUGGCUGGUUUGUUUUCUUGUCUUUGCUAUCGCAAUGACACAGGCAUUCAGCCUUACUCGGUUUGGGGACGAAGAGACUAGCGACAUAAACUUUCGCAGUGUCCCAAAAGCCUUGAUUCUUCUGUUCAGGAUGAGCUUGGGAGAGGGCUGGAACCAAAUCAUGGAGAAUUACGCUGAAAUACGGCCACCCCUUUGUGUUGAAGAGAACAAAUUCUUCGACAGCGACUGCGGUAGUAAGGCGUGGGCUCGCUUUCUAUUCGUUGCGUGGAAUAUCAUUAGCAUGUAUAUUUUUGUGAACCUGUUCGUGUCUCUUAUUUAUGAAAGCUUCAGCUACGUCUAUCAACGCUCUAGCGGUAUGGCGGUAGUUGAUCGAGAUGAAAUACGGCGAUUUAAAGAAGCGUGGCGGAGCGUGGACCCUACCGGAACUGGUUUCAUCUCCAAAGAACAGUUUCCGCGCCUGCUUGGAGAGCUCUCCGGCGUAUUUCAGAUGCGAAUCUACCAGCCGGAGGACUCUAUUGGACAAAUAUUGGAGGACGUGCGUGGCGACUCCAAAUCAACCCGGCACCUGUCCAUUGCUACGGCAAACUUUUACAAUGACAUCGACAUAGACAGGCUUAACCAGAGACUGGCUAAGCUCGACGUGGAGAAGAUUCGCGAGCGUCGCCGCCGAUUCAAGAUAUUCUUUGGGGAAGUGCUGGUAUCCGCGGAUCCAGACAGAGGUAUUGCUUUUACGGAUGUCCUAUUAAUUCUUGCUCAUUACAACAUUAUCAAUGACAGCAAGAGCUUGAAACUUGAAGAAUUCUUGCGACGCCGAGCUCGACUGCAACGUGUCGAUGAAGAAGUACGGCGGAAGGUGGUCCAAGGCUUUUUCGAUACACUUUACUGGUCAAGAAGAUUCAAAAAGCACAUGGAGAAGAAGCGUGCAUCUCGUAUGUCAGUGAUUCCGCAGCUUGCAAUACCGCACAUCUUUGUGGACGAGGAGCUUGGUGGCGACUUGACGAAGAACCAGGGAAGGGAUACGGCCUUUCCAGAGCAGCCUCGGUGGACACAACUGAGCGUAGGCGAGGGAGCUGGUCAGCAAGCUCCAUCAGAGUCAACCCAUCUCAGCCUUCAUGACGCAGCAUACGAGCACCCUCUUAGUCACCCUCGGUCAUCUCAAACUACUUCUUCGCGUCAAGACACCACUUUUGGGUUUAGUUUUGAACUCUACGAGCCCGAAUCCCAGACUCAAGACGUGUCCCAAGCAAGCCGUCGUGGAAGCGCAACCAACCCAGUGGAGGCGCGCGAUAUGCUUGAUGAUUCCGUGUGGAUGGAAAGUAUCAGAAGAAGUGCGACGCUACGGAAACCCGAUAGGGGAUCAUACCGCUUUGGGGAUCUUGGGUAA